UAUCAGCUGGCUGACUGACUGAAGUUUUUGAUUUCGCGUUGUUUGUUUACAAACAGAUAUUUUCAACACUAUGAGUUUUAAAAGUUAUAAAGAAAAAAUAGAUGAGGGUGAUACAGUUAUUCUGUACCUAAGUAAUAAUCUGUACGCCUUAGAUGUACUCAAAGAAAUCAAGAAUAAAAAAGGUGAUAUGGUGGAGAAUGUUUUUCAAACACCAUACGGAGCUUUGAAAGUAAAGAAUUUGAUUGGAACUGAAUAUGGAAGUAAGGUGGAAUUGUCCAAAGGAUGGGGUCAUGUAUUACAACCCACACCAGAGCUCUGGUCACUGACCUUGCCACACAGAACACAAAUAAUUUACACGCCUGACAUCAGCAUGAUAUUACUGCAGCUUGACAUAGUCCCAGGCUCUGUGGUUAUUGAAGCUGGUACUGGCAGUGGCUCACUUACCCACGCAUUGAUAAGGAGAGUGCGGCCCCAUGGCCACGUGUACACUUUCGACUUCCACGAACACAGGGCCAUCAUAGCCCGGGAGGAGUUCCAUGCACAUGGUCUUGCGGACUUUGUUACUGCACAACACAGGGACGUACUCGAGCAAGGUUUCAGGGAAGAGCUGAAAGGCAAAGCCGAUGCGGUAUUUCUCGAUUUGCCCAGCCCUUGGUCAGGGGUUCCGCAUGCAUUAGAAGCGAUAAAGAAUACGGGUGGUAGAUUCUGCUCGUUUUCGCCGUGUAUAGAACAAGUCCAGCGGACGUGUCUAACGCUGCAACAGUUGGGCUUCCAGGAGCUGGCCACCAUGGAGGUGCUGCAGACCGAGCUGAAGGUGUCCAGGAAGACUUGCCCCGUCCGGGACCUGUCGUUCCUCAAACACAAGAGCUCCGAGAGCCCAGUAGAGGAGAAGCCGAGCGGCGAGACUAGCUACGUGGUGGGCGCGGGGCCGGCGAGCAGUCCCGGCCACACCGGCUACCUCACGUUAGCCACUCUUCCACCGCUGUUUGCGAGAGCUAAAAGAAAUGUGACGAAGCAAGAAGAUAAAUGUGGUCAAGAAGCGAAAUCAUCAAACGGAGAAGGCGUGCACUUGGAACAAACCGCCUAAGAAUUUGUAUAAAAAUAUUGACGUUCUGUGAAAUAAAAGAUAAUUUAAGUAAAA